AUGUUCAAGCUACUGGGAGUCUCUCUCGCGGAUUUGUGGACGCAACGCUUCACCUUUGCCCGCAUGGGCAUCGACCUGCAACCGAUGUCGGCAACUGGUGACGGUGCUCUGCGCCGCCCCGUUCUGUACGGUAUUAUGGUACUGGCCACCAGCUUCGAGCUGUGUACCGUCUGCGCUUUUAUGGUGCACCACCGACACCAGAUCGUGCUCUGCUCGGAGGCGCUGAUGCACGGCCUUCAGAUGAUCUCUUCGCUGCUCAAGAUGACCAUCUUCCUGGUCAAGUCCGGCGACUUGAUCUCGCUCAUCCACCAGCUGCAGGAGCCCGUCCCCAGCCGAGUGGUCCGUCGCGGCCAGCAGCUGGCAGCCAUCUACUUCCUGAUGUGCGCCGGGACGAGCGUUUCCUUCCUUCUGAUGCCGCUGGCCCUGACCAUGGUGCGGUUCCACCAAACGGACCGGUUCGAGCCUGUCAGCUCUUUUCGUGUGCUACUUCCCUACGAUGUGACCCAGCCGCAUAUAUAUGCCCUGGACUGCUGCCUGAUGGGUUUUGUGCUGACGUUCUUUUGCUGCUCCACUACGGGAGUGGACACACUAUACGGCUGGUUUGCCGUGGCCCUGAGCUCCCACUACCGCCGGCUCACCACCCAGCUGCAGUUGCACUUGCCUCUAUCGGACCCCUCCCGACCAGACCUGGGCCUGGGGCACCUGUUUGCCCAGCACGCUCGGCUCUUGGCUCUGGUCGAUCGCUUCAAUGCGGCCUUCCGGGAAAUCGCCUUCGUCGAAGUGCUGGUCAUCUGCGUGCUCUACUGUUCCGUCAUCUGCCAGUACAUCAUGCCGCACACGGACCAGAACAUAGCCUUCCUCGGGUUCUUCUCGAUGGUGGUCACCACGCAGCUGUGCAUCUAUCUGUUUGGCGCCGAGCAGGUGCGUCUCGAGGCGGAGGGCUUCUCGAGACAGUUGUACCAGCUAGUGCCAUGGCAAGGGCUCUCUCCGAACCAUAGGAGGCUCCUACUGCUGCCCCUGCAGCGGGCCCAGGGGGACAUGGUGCUGGGCGCCUACUUCUUUGAUCUGGGGAGGCCUCUACUCGUUUGGAUCUUCAGGACAGCGGGCUCCUUUACCACACUGCUCAAUGCUCUCUAUGCCAAGUAUGAGACAAUGCCGACAGCUUGA